UGCCGCGUACAAGUUUCCCUCUUCCUCCAAAUUUCAUCUCAAAUGUGAGAUAUAAACAUUUAUUACAAAUCGUGACUGAAAUUCCCCCCUCCCUCUCCAAACAAAAACAAAUAAUAAAAAAAGGUGCGCGUAAAAUUUAGAAAAAAAAAAAAAAAUUUGUUCCCUAAUAGAGCAAUGUCCUUAAGCAACAAUACAAAUCCAAAAGUUUUGUUGUCCGAUGAACAAUCAAUUAAAACUGAAUAUAUUGUAGCAGGUGUAUUGCUCGCUAUUAUUGGAUUUUUUGGAUUUUUUCUCAACUUACUGGUCAUUGUUGUCAUUAUUAAAGAUGCAAGAAAUCUUUGGACACCUGUUAAUGUCGUUCUUCUUAAUAUGGUGAUUGGAGAUUUUUUAGUAUCAAUUUUGGGAAAUCCGUUGGCACUAACUUCAGCUUUAAAUGGUGGGUGGUACUGGAGUCAUCAGACCUGCAUAUGGUAUGCAUGGCUUAUGUCUACACUUGGUUUGGCUAGUAUAGGAAAUUUAACAGUUAUGGCAAUAGAAAGGUGGAUGCUAAUUACGAGACCAAUGAAAGCUUUUUCAAUAAGACAAGCCCUUCUGUGGUCUCUGUUUGUGUGGAUUUAUGCUUUAUCUCUGUCAUUGCCACCGGUAUUUGGCUGGGGUAGUUAUGGACCAGAAGCUGAAAAUAUAUCUUGUAGUGUGUCAUGGGAAAUUCACGACCCCGAAACACAUAUUAGGAGUUACAUCUCAUAUCUCUUUCUCUUUGGUUUAAUCAUUCCUGUAGUUAUAAUAGGAUCGAGUUAUGGUUCAAUCAUCGUUACAUUGAGAAAUGUUAAGAGAAGAAUUGGAUCGAGACGAAGGCAUGAGAACAAAGUCACAAAAAUGGUGGCUCUAAUGAUUUUUGCUUUUAUAAUUGCUUGGACUCCCUACUCCAUUGCUGCUCUUGGAGCACAAUAUUUUCAUAUGAAACUUUCAGCCGAGAUAGCAAUGGUGCCAGCAAUCUUAGCAAAAUCAUCGAUUUGCUACAAUCCAAUUAUUUAUGCAGGUUUAAAUAAGCAAUUUCUAUUGUCAUUGAAAACCAUGUUUGGAAUACAAGAUCCAAGAAGAAAUGCAAGAGGAUUCGACAGUACAAGAGGAGUUGAAAGUGUGACUGCAUUGAGUUUAGUGAAACACGAAAACAAAUUAAUAAUUAUUGAAAAAAAACAUAACGACGAGCAACAAAAAGACAUUGAAAUAUAAUAUUAUACAUAUAUUGUACAAUUUUUUUACAAAAGUGUUAUACUUGCGUGACCAAAGAAG